CUAUGUGGACUUGCACUGCUGAUCCUCGGGGUCCUCGUAGAAACUAAUCUCGGUUCAGUGAAAGCUGAAACUGCAGAUCAGAUUCAUCAGAUUGAAGUGAUCGCAAUUGGACUGAUUGUCAUUGGCAGUAUUAUCUUCGUCAUCGCAUUCUUUGGAUGCUGCGGUGCCAUCAGAGAGAGUCACUGCAUGACUGUUACUUAUGCAGUAUUUCUCUUAGUAAUCCUGGUGAUUCAAGUUGGUAUUGCGAUUUGGGCAUUUGUUGUGCUUAAAAAUCUUAACACAGCCGAAAUGACAGAGGAAUUUAAGAAACCGCUCACCAAAUACUGGAUUAAUAAUUUAAUUUUCUUAUUCGUUUUUCAGCUCGUGGGAAUUAUCUUCGCUCUCUGCCUAGCCAACUCAAUACGAAAUGAGGAUCGUCGUAACUACAGAGUCUAAGUCUUGAAACAGAGAAAUUCUAUAUUCAAAGUUGAGAGGAAAACUGCUGAAAAUUACCAAAAAAAAGUUGUCCAAGAAGAAAUUGACAUUUUCAUACGUAUUUUUUCAUUCAGCACAUAUUUUGGAACUACACUUCGUUUAUGUAAAAUAAAAUUAUUUUUUCAUUUCAAAAUUAAGUUGAUUCAAGUGAUAAUUGAAUCAGGGAAAUAAUUUAAGGCAACACAUUUUUGAUAUAUUGUCAUUAUUUAUUAAGAUCUGUUUUUUCUUAUUCGAAAGAAAUUUCACUUACAACUAAAUUUUGUUUUCUCUAUUAUUAUACCUAUUAUACAUUUCUAUAUACAAUGUUCUCUUUCAUCAAUUGUUCUUUUUUGAAUUACACAUUUAAUAAUUAGUAGUACCUUCCAAUUGCACUCGAUAUUAAGUUCAAAAGUGCCAUUUUUUUUACAAUAAAAGAAAGAGCCAAUGAAUUAUGGGGAAUAAUAUGAAAUUGAAGAAAAAUACAUUUGUUGGAGACUAAAAAUAAAUUAAAUAUAUUUCGUUUUA